ACCUCUUGCCCCGAAAAACAUUCACGUUGCGACAAGAAUCCCUUUCUUUGCGUUCUUUGGACAACCCCCAACUCUCUUUUUUUUUUUUCCACGAAAAACCAUAAUCAAGAUUAUAUAAACAAUGGGUGGCGCUGGCGGAAAGACAUACAUGGGCUGGUGGGGUAACAUGGGUAGCCCUACUCAACGAGGCGUCGUGACCUACCUUCUCUCGCCAUUUGAACAGAAGCCCUUCGCAGGUGCUCUUCACAACGCCAUUUUCAACACUGCUCGCCGUACUGCUUCGCAGGUCCCUUACGUCGGUGUUGCUUUCGGUAUCGGUUACUUUAUCUACAGCAGUGCCAAUGCCAAACACGCUUACCUUACUUCUAAGGCUGGUCACGCCGAAGCUGAAGACCAUUAGAUUUCGAUACAGUAUCAUUGCCUCUCUUAUUUGGGACGGGGGGGAAAAUAAACGUUUCAGUUUGUAAUCAAAAGCGA